AUGGGAUUCACCUACGACCCGCAGGUGCAGCUCGGCCAGCUAUUUCCGUCGGAAGCCUCCUUGGAAAACAUCGAUGAUGUUCUACUGUACAUAGAAAAACACAAGCAGCAGCUGGCAUUGGCUAUCCAGAAGGAAACUGCCAACUAUCAUGACAUCCAAACGCUCACCACGACUUUUGGGGAAAUCCGUGAAAAGUCCCAAGAUACACAAGCCAAGAUCUUGGCCAUGACCUCCAGCAUACAGCGAUUGGACACGGUGAAGAAGAACUUGGUGCUUUCCAUGAAAGUGCUCAAAAGGCUCCAAAUGCUUGUCAAUGCCUACAACAGCCUCAAUGAGGUCGUCAACACCCGAGACUACAAACAAAUCGCCACCUACUUGGGCGUUGUCAGAGAGUUGCUUGUGUUCUUCAAGCCGUACCGCUCGAUUGAUCAAAUCGGCCUUUUGAACCAGCAUAUCCACAAGACCCAAAACAAGUUGGUCGACGACGUGUUCAUAGACUUUGAGGAUUCAUUCACAAACAACUUCUCGAACGACAAUCUCAUAUAUGGCUGCGAAAUCUUGCAGUUGAUCGACGAGAAGUACAAGGACAAGCUUCUUCAAUGGUUCUACAAUCUUCAGCUCAAAGAGAUCCGUUCCAUUUUCUCCUCCACUGAGGAAGCCGGUAACCUCGAUAACCUCAACAGGAGGUACAUAUUCUUCAAGAAUGUGCUUUCUAACAUCCAAACGAAUUACCUACUGGUGUUUCCCAAACUGUGGAACGUGGACUAUGAGCUUGCCAAGUUGUUCUGUGAGAUGACCAGCUCUGACCUCAAGGCGCAACUCACGAGCGUUGCCUCUUCAGAAAUCUUGCUUGAUUCUCUCACAAAGACACUAGAAUUGGAGAAGUUCCUCAACGAAACAUUCAAGACCAACGAUUUUGAGAAGGUUCUUCUGAAUGUCUUCGAGCCAUACCUCACCACCUGGGUCAAUGAACAGGACGGAACCCUCAAUGCUAAGUUUAUGGAAUUCUACUCGGCGCCCAAGAUUCCCCAGGAGCUUAUUGCUCCACAGACAAAGGAGGAUAUCCUCACAGUUCUUCGUGUCAAUAAUGUGCCCAAUUUCGCUAACUCGUCGUCUGAGCUCUUCAAGCUCUUUCAGAAACUUCUUGUUCAAAUUAUCAAGCUAUCCAAUGGUAAAAUCUUACUUGACCUUGCUCGCCUCGAUCUCAAAUACCUUCGAGAGUAUAAUUAUAAGAUGUUAGUUCCAAUCUUACAUCAAUCCGAAUCAAACCCCAAGGGCCUUGAGCCAAUCAAGUAUCUUACGAUGAUCCUCAACACUGCCGACUACGUGAACAAUAACAUCAAUGAUUUGCAAGACAAGUUUGUCAAACUCAUAGAUGAACAGUACAAGGAGAAAAUUGAUUUCGAGCCUGCCAAGAGUCUAUUUUACGAUGUGAUUGGUAAGGCCAUUCAAGGACUCGUGCUGAAGGUUUCCUACGAUUUACAAUUUUCUUGGAGACAAUUUGAAAAUAACGGUUGGGAAGCCAUGGAAUCUGUGUCCGAUACUUCCACAUACAUGGAAGACUUGAUCAAUGCCAUGAAAGAGGACAACCAAGUCAUCCUUACGUUGAUUAUUAGGGACAGUUAUGUUCGUUCUUACUGCGAUAAGCUCAUUGAGAUGGUCGUUCAUACAUUUGUGAACAAGCUCAAACUUAUCAAGCCUUUGAGCAUUGUCAAUGUGGAGCAGAUUCUUGUCGAUAUCGCUGUUCUAAAGAAGUAUAUGGCAACAUUGCCGCUAUAUUCCGACCCCAACUUCGAUGAUAGUAAGCUAUCAGGCGAAUCCAAGACCGCGCCAAAAGCCUACCUUCGUUUUCUCGACUCUCAGUUUGGCAAACUCACCACUUUGCUCAAACUCUUACUCACCCCAGUCCUUCCUGUUGACAACAUGGUCGAGAAUUACUUCAACCUCAUUGGUGACAAGUCUUUGACUAAUUUUACAAAAUUCUUGAAUCUCAAAAACAUUGGAAAAUCUGACCAACCAAAAUAUGUUGAGAAUUUCAAGCUCCAGCUCACUAUCCCUAACUCCUUGCAGGAGGAGUCCCACAUUUUCACGAUGGUCGAGGACGAGGUCGAGGAGGAACAUCAAACGAAACACCCCGCGUCCCAAGGUAACCCUCAACAAUUUGACAUCAAGGAACUAAUCUCGAGCAGGUCUCCAGAGCCUCAUCUUCCUGACAUCUUCAAGACCAACCCUACGAAGAUCAAGAUCAACAACCCAUUGAAAGACUUCUCUAUCAACGGUGAACAACAUGUCAGCAAAAUCAACGAGAACUUCCGUAAUAUCGGGAAGUUUUUCAGAAAAGAUAAUAUCAAUAAUAACUGA